AUGCCUGAGCCUAAUAUCCCUAUCGCGGACCAAGUUGAUGCCCCCAUCUCAGUGUCACACCCCGGCGUCCCGGACGACGCCAUUCACUAUAUGAACACCACCUACCCCACUCUAUCAUCCUCAUACUUGCCGUUCCAAUUGCCCUCCCGAACGCGCCGGCAUGAUCCACAGAAUGCAGUAGCACGCGUCCUCUCGGCUACGAGGGGGCCUACCGCAAUGCAUGUGGGUACCAUGUUGGGACCAGGUUACCCCGCCCCACAACAACAAGGGCUUGGUGCGGUUGGCUCUGGAUCUGUUGGAUCACCGGUGGUGCAAUCUCAACGUUCGAGAGAUGAACAUACCAACCCAUUGGUAACUCCCUCCACGGCAUUGUCCCAAGAAGGAGGCCGAGAAACCAUUUAUCAACAGAUCCAGAGGGACCACGAGAGCAUCGAACGAGCUCAACAGGAACAGGAGGAGGAGGCUACGAGGCGUGCCUUUAUCGCACUCCUCUACGCAGACCCCGCGGAGCUGCCGGCACUGGAAAUGGGCAGAAACAACAUGUCUGAGUCAGUAAAUUCUGUCCUUCGUCAUUUAGAACUCGGUACACUUGCAUCGAGGCGUAUCAGGCCACGUGCCUUGCCUCCGCAACCUUCUGGUCAGUGGGUGCACAAUAUGCCGCCGCUGGGAACCCUCGAAUCACAACAGUCUAGCCGCCCAGCUCACAGAGACCUGCAAUACGGUGAUAUAUCUGCCCUCCUCCGUUCACUCCCUACCCAAGCAUCACCCACCCAGGCACACCCAGCUGCACCACUGGUGGAGCUAUGGGCCAGGGAGCGAGCAGAACGUGAUGCCCAGCAAGGUGCCCCAAUCUUCACCAUAUUCACCAUGCACUGCGCGGCUGCGCAAGAAUCCACCGAACAUACAAACGCUCUACAUGAUAGAUCUCUCCUUUUCCCGAACAUUUCACAGUUGCAAAUGGAGAUAGCACUGGAGAGAGCAGAGAGAGAUAUACACAGAGCUGCUGCUAAUGCCGACAUCGCUACAGCCGCCGAAGCCCAGAGAGUAUCCGCACAAGCGCAACUAGAAAGGAUUGCGACCAUCACAGAUGCCGUUGAAAUUGCAUAUCGUGAGGAGCGUGAAGCUGCACAACGCGAGAUGCAUAGGAUAGGAAGACAGGUGCUUGACGCGAAUGAGCAGGAGCUGGACAGUUUCGAGCCUGUGAGGUCCGCAGCUCUUGCGGACCUUGUUCGCCAGGGCUAUACGUUGCCGAGCAGCAACAACUUAGGGAUACAGCAACCGUUGACACCUCGACGAGCUAGACGGAGGGGAGUAUCUGAGGGACCGAACGCUGCCGACGGAGGACCUAUGGAAAUGGAUAUCGCAAGUGCAAACGACACAGCUUUGACGACAUUGUCGCCUUUCAUACCAGUCAACCUGGCGCCGUGGCGACUGGCAGUGCUGGCUAGGAUGCGGGAGGACCGAGCGGCGUCCAUUCAUGCUUCGUCUGAUGCAGAGGCUGCUAGAAGGGAGAUACUUAGGAUGAUUACAGCACGUCUCGCAAGGCAGGAGGAGGCUAGGCUGGCUCAGGAAAGGGAGGAGAGUAGGCGGGCGGCGGCAGAGUUUCAAGAAAUGUGGGACGAGAUUGACGGGUUAAAGAAAUUUGAGUGCCUAAUCUGCGAGGCCAAAAUCCCCUUAAACACCACCUCCUGUGACGCCUGCCUGACCAACAACGAAUUCUGGUCCCCUGCUCAGGUUAUUCGCGCCCAGAUGGCCAGGUCCAAGGGGUUACCAUGGACUGAGUAUCCGAGUCGUAAUGGAGGCAGGUGUAACUAUGGGCAUCACUGCUGUUUGGAGGUUCAUAUGAAGAGGGAUGGAGAAAACGAGGAGAUGGAUAAAAUGGGGGAUAGGAUUGUUGGAGGUGUAGCGGAUUCGGGGAAUAAGAAUGUGGUCGUCGAUAUUUUCUGUUCGAAGGUUGAUAUUUUAUGGUAA